AUGGCACCUCGUAAGAAGAAUGCUGCGAUCAAAUCGAGUGGGGCCAUGUCAUCCAAGGCGGCGCCCUUGCCCGACUGGGUCAAGGGCGGUGGAGCCAAGCCGCCGCCACCCACGGGAACCAACCGUGAUGGCACAGCGCAGCUGUUUCCGCCGCGCUACAAGACGCCUCUGAAUAUUUUGUACGAGCGCAUCCAAAAAAUGCCCGGCUGGCUCAAACCUGAGGUCGAGCCGAUUCAUCGCAAGGAUGGCUACACCUGUGCCGUGACAUUACGCAAGGAGAACAAGCAGGAAAAGUCAAAUCCAUUUACAGUCCGUAUGGAGCCGAAAGAACCAGGCGCCCGUCUCACCUGUGAAUCAAGUUUGCAUGCCAAGCACUGGGGGGCGACGUAUGCUCUGUUUCGGCUGUUCAAUCACCUAGGACUCCAUCGUGUUUUGCCUCCGGGACCGCGCGAGUACUGGUUGCAGCUUGAGGAAGUCAAGGCGCAGUCCAUGGAGCACGACAACUGGAAAUGGGCCGCAGACCCGUUUGAUGCCAUCAUGAAGCGCGAUGCUGAGCGAGAGGCUCGCGAAAAGGAGCGCGCAGCGCGUGAAGCCGCGAAAAAUGAUCCAUCAAAACGACCCAUGAGCAAGGUAUGGCAGCGUGCGAUGGAAGUGCGCAUGGCACCUGAGCUGCGUGAGCUUGUCGAGUCGACGAUUCGUGCGCGAAUGAGCGACGUGUCGAAUACUCUCACUGAAGAGCUGAGCUCAAACAACCAUGCACAGGUGGAUAGUGCGGCUUUAGAGCGCGAGCUCACUGCUCUGGGCGUGCGGCCAGGCUAUGUGCGCCGUAUUGUGUCGUGGCUGCAAGACGCGCGGUCUACGUACGCGUCGUCUGCCGCGAUGCAGCAACUGCAGCAGGCGCACCCUUUGCUGGCGUCUAUUCUAGCCUUACCUGACAAGGAAGCUGCCGUGGAGUAUUUGGUUUUGUAUACACCCGAGCAGGAUUUGCCACCCAAGCUGCGGCCGACGGCCGCGUCUGAGUCGUUUGUCACCAGUGCGGCCAGUGGCGGAGGGUCAGAGUCCCUGGUCGAUCGAUGGACCGUGGACAAAUUCACACGAUGCGCCGGCUUUCCACGCGAAAAUGUCGAGCGCGCGAUUCGUGACGUGCGUGCUGCUGGGCUGCAUGCAUCACAAACUGAGAAGGAAGGCGCUGUGCUCGAUUUGCUCCUGCAUGCCCUGAUGGGAGAGCCAGUGCCAGUCCAUGCACCCCCUGCAUAUGAUGAGGCCGUGGCACAGAAACGCAGUGAUGAGCGCAUGAUGCUGGCGGCGUGCUUGGGUGAUGAGGCGCUUCGUCCUGUGCCUGAGCGCGAUGCGAUUGACAAGAGCGACUUUGACGUGGAUCUUGGCACGUACGGUGGUGAUCAAGUGUACUUGCGCGUGUCGAUGCACCCAGCGUCCUCUUAUUUGGUCCAGGGUACAGCGUGGCCCAGCGUAUACGUCACGAGUCCGAGCCUGCCCACAUUUCUUCGCCUCGCACUGACUCGGCAUGCUCUUCGAUGCUUGCGCGGCGACCGCGAAGAUAUGCGCGAGGCACUGGACAUGUGCGAAGGCGGUGUGCUCUUCCUCCUAUGCGAAGAACUCAAAGACCGCCUGCCCACCUACGUCCACGAUCCACCACCACUGGACGAGGUGAUGGAGUCUCUGGUGUUACAGGCACCACGGACGGUGGCACGGGUGACACGGCCGACGCCCAGCUCUGCGCCUCGUCGUGCGCUUUCCAGCGGCAGUGCUGCGCCACGCAAGGCACGAAAACUCGCACGCGAUGAGCGGCUGGAUGCCUCGUUGUCCGAGGCACACACGGCAUGGCGUGCAUCGCUCAAGUAUACUGAAAGCGUGGGAUGUGUUCGCGAGUCCUUACCAGCAUACGCGGCACGCUCCACGAUCCUUGAAACGCUGCAAAAGCACCGUGUCGUACUGAUUGCGGGCGAGACCGGCUGUGGUAAGACGACACAAGUGCCUCAGUUCUUGCUGGACGAUGCCAUUGAGCGUGGGUGCGGAAGUCUGUGCAGUUUGGUAGUGACACAGCCACGUCGUGUAUCAGCUAUGGGUGUGGCAGCGCGAGUCGCUGCGGAGCGCGGUGAGUCACUUGAUGUAUCCCAGGUGCCUGACGCGGCGCAGGUGGGUUAUGCGAUUCGUGGUGAGCGGCGCGCGGGCAAACAGUGUCGCCUCCUCUUCACCACGACAGGUGUUCUGCUUCGCCGACUCGCGACCGGCACGGAUCCUGACCUGCAAUCGGUGUCGCAUGUCAUUGUGGACGAAGUGCAUGAGCGGAGCACCGACUCGGACUUUUUGCUCUUGUUGCUGCGGGAUAUUCUUGCACGUAACCCGUCGCUGCAUAUCGUGCUUAUGAGCGCUACGAUCCAGGCGGAGACGUUCACCUCGUACUUUGAUGGUGCGCCGUAUCUGCAUAUUCCCGGGCGCACGUUUCCCGUCCAGGAGCAUUACCUGGAAGACAUUGUGCAUCUUUUGUCGUACCGCUCACCUAUGAGUCUGUCCAAGGAAGAUGAGCGUAUCGACAAGCUCUUUGAUGCGUCCCGGCUCAGCGAGGCUGAUGUGCCGACGGUGCGUGCUCUGUGUGCGUCUCAGCGUACGGACUAUGAUCUACUCUCCCAGGCCGUGGCACUUGCUGCGCAACGUGCGGAAAAAGUCGACUUCACCGGCUCGCUGACGAGUCGUGCAGCCAUCCUCGUCUUUUGCCCAGGCGUCGGCGAAAUUCGUCAGGCCAUGGACGCGAUCGAUGCCUUGCGUCUCGAUGGCGCCGUGCUCUUACCCCUGCAUGCGAACCUCGCUGCGCAUGAACAGCGCCGCGUGUUCCAACGCGUGCAAAAACACGAACGCAAAAUCAUUGUAGCGACGAACGUGGCAGAAACAUCCAUCACGAUUCCCGAAGUCUGCUUUGUCGUCGAUACCGGUCGUGUUCGCGAGGCGCAGUAUGAUGCCCAAGCAGGCGUGUCGCGUCUGCUGGAGCAGUGGGCAUCGCGUGCGGCUUGCAAGCAACGCGCGGGUCGUGCAGGACGUACGAUGCCGGGUGAGUGCUUCCGGCUCUACACGCGCUACGUCGAAGCUCAUGUGCAAAAACCGCAGUCUGUGCCGGAAAUCCAGCGCACGCCGCUGGAAGGCGUCAUGCUGCAGGUCAAGGCCAUUCAGCCCCAUGGCGAUAUCAAAGCGUUUCUGCAGAAAGCCAUCGAUCCACCGCCGCUCGAAGCACUGGAUGCCGCGCAUCGCCAUUUGGUCAUUACAGGUGCCGUGCACAGGGACGGUGGGUUUGCCGCGACGCUCACGCCCCUGGGUCGGCACUUGGCGCAGCUGCCGCUCGAAGUGCGCCAAGCCAAGCUCUUAGUACUGAGCUGCCUGUUUGGAUGUGUCGAGCCUGUGCUGCACAUAGUGUCGCUCCUCUCGUGCCGGUCCAUCGUCGCCGGCUCGGCUCAGCGCGACGCGGACAAGGCCAAGGCACGCGCCGCGUACUUGUGGGGUCAGAGCGAUCUGCUGUCCGACGCGCACAUCUUUGCUACGUGGCUUGCGAUGCGCGCGGAGCGCCGGCCGAUGAAAGACGUGCGUGCUUUUUGCGAAUCACUGGGCCUCUCCAUGCCGGCUUUGCAGGAUGUGGACAUGACGCGCAUGACGCUCCUCCGGCAACUGGACGAGGUGGGUCUGUUGGACCGCGACUACGUCGCGGCGUACCGACGCCAGGGACCGAUGUGGCCCCGAGCGUCGUCUCUGGGCAUGGACGCUCACAGUCACCAUGUCAAUGUGGUGCGUGCGCUCCUUGUGGCGUCUUUGUGGCCUUCGCUCGCUCGGGUCGACCAGCCGACGGCCAAGUACAAUGCAUCCACGUCAGGUGCCGUCCUCAAAGAGGCGCACGCCAAGGAGCUCCACUAUAUCGACGAGCAGGAAGGACGCGUGUUUCUGCACCCCUCGUCGAUGCUCUUCCAUGCGACCAAGUUCAAGUCCAACUAUGUGGCCGUGUUUGCGAAGAGCGCGAGUGGCGUGGCUGGGCAGGCGCGGACGUACCUCCGCGAUGCGACCGAGGCACCUUUGUAUGCUCUCCUCCUGUUUGGCGGCCCGCUCUACGUCGAUCACGAGGUGGGCGGCAUGACCAUCUCGACAGGCACCGAGGCCAGUCCCGAUGCCUGGGUACGCGUUCGCGCCAACACGCGUAUCGGCGUAUUGUGCCGCCAGCUUCGUCAACUCCUGGACCGCGUGCUCGCCGAUGGUGUGCAGGAUCCGCAUGCCCUAUUGUCUGCGCCGAACCAAGUUGUGGUGGAGGCGAUGAUUGCCCUUCUCGCCCAUGACGGCCUCACUGGCUAG